AUGAACGAACACACCCACACUUCUUCCAAGGCUGUGGCUGUCAAGUGUAUCACCAAUCCAUCACCCCGACUAGUUGGCACAUGCUCAAAAUAUUUUAAGAAUGGUAAGGGUGGGAAUUCAAAGAAGAAUGUUGCGAAUGAAACUGAAAUCACUG